CACACACACAUACAUACGUACAUACAUACAUAUACCCGGGUUCUGCGAACUUGGGGACUUGCCGUAGCCACAUCCAGGUGGUACCCCGGGAUGCCUUAGAAAACAGACCUUGCAAACGCCAGCAGGCUGCUUAGCCUUUGGACAACAGGGUCUCUUGGAAAGAGAGAGGGAAAAAAUAAGUUCAUCUCCUUUCUCUAUUGUAAUACACACGUACACCCUUACCCGGGUCUUCUGUUUUUGUCCUUUCCUCUCCCUUCUGUGGAUAUUACUGGGUAAGGAGUCUCAAGGAUUCAGCCAUUUGGACUUCUCUGAAUCACGUUCCAUCUGCCAAGCUUUCUUCAUUUUUGCAUAGCUGGAUCGACCGAGGAUUCUAAAAUUAUUAUUGGUGCAUCUUCGUCUGAAGAAAAGGAGAAAGAGGAGGAGGAGGAAGAAGAAGAAAGGAUGAAUGGCAUAGCAAGAAGGAUUCAAUCCCCUCCGGACACUGUAUUCUCAAAGCAAGGAUAAAUGUGAUUCCACAAAAGGCCCCGUCGUGUGAUUUACCAUGGAAAAAUUGUUCUGCAGCAUCCUGUUGUUUGGAGUGGCUGUUGUGGUCAACGCUUGUCCAAAAUAUUGUGUCUGUCAGAACCUGUCUGAGUCUCUGGGGACUCUUUGCCCUUCCAAGGGCCUCCUUUUUGUACCACCAGACAUAGACAGAAGGACUGUUGAACUCCGGCUUGGGGGGAACUUCAUUAUUAACAUCAGCAGACAAGAUUUUGCCAACAUGAGUGGACUUGUUGACCUUACGUUGUCUAGGAAUACUGUAAGCUACAUACAGCCCUAUUCUUUUGCUGACCUGGAAAGCCUGCGGUCAUUGCACUUGGAUAGUAAUAGGCUGCCCGAUAUUGGGGAGGAUAUUUUGAGAGGCCUCAUUAAUCUGCAGCACUUGAUUCUAAACAACAACCAGCUGAGCUAUAUCUCAGAUGAAGCCUUUGAAGAUUUUUUGUUCACCUUAGAAGAUCUGGAUCUUUCCUACAAUAACCUCAGAAGCAUUCCAUGGGAAUCUAUAAGAAAGAUGGUAAACUUGCACCAGAUAAGUUUGGAUCAUAAUUUAAUAGAUUAUAUUACAGAGGGGACUUUUGCAGACCUUCAGAAACUAGCCAGGUUGGACCUAACAUCCAACAGGCUUCAGAAACUUCCUCCUGAUCCCAUAUUUGCCAGGUCCCAAACAUCUCCACUGACCUCAACUCCCUUUUCCCCACCUUUAUCUCUGAGCUUUGGAGGAAACCCUUUGCAUUGUAAUUGUGAACUGUUGUGGCUGCGGCGUCUUGAUAGAGAUGAUGACAUGGAAACAUGUGCUUCUCCACCAGGUCUCAAAGGGAGAUACUUUUGGUAUGUCAGGGAAGAGGAGUUUGUUUGUGAGCCACCUCUGAUUACUCAGCACACCCACAAAUUGUUGGUUUUAGAAGGACAAACAGCCACCUUAAAGUGCAAAGCCAUUGGGGACCCCUCCCCGGUCAUUCACUGGGUAGCCCCAGAUGAUCGACUUAUUGGGAAUUCUUCAAGGACAGCUGUUUACGAUAAUGGCACUUUAGAAAUCCUGAUCACAACCUCCAAGGAUUAUGGAAAAUUCACAUGCAUAGCAGCGAAUGCUGCAGGAGAAUCUACAGCAACAAUUGAGUUGUCCAUAGUCCAGCUCCCACAUCUCAGCAACGGCACAGGACGAGCAGCCCCACCCAAAUCCAGACUGUCUGACAUCACCAGCUCCAGCAAGUCCAAUCGAGGGGAAGCCAAGGGACCACCAGAAAGGGCUGUCUUGAUUUCUGAGGUAACCACUUCUUCAGCUUUGGUCAAAUGGACAGUGAGCAAGUCUGCUCCAAGAGUUAAAAUGUACCAGCUACAAUAUAACUGCUCAGAUGAUGAAGUUCUAAUUUACAGGAUGAUUCCUGCGACGAAUAAAGCAUUUGUGGUGAACAACCUGGUUUCUGGAACAGGCUACGAUCUGUGUGUUCUGGCCAUGUGGGAUGAUACUGCUACAACGCUGACUGCUACCAACAUUGUGGGCUGUGCCCAGUUCUACACCAAAGAGGACUAUCCCCAGUGCCACUCCAUGCACAGCCAGUUCCUGGGUGGGACAAUGAUCCUCAUUAUCGGAGGCAUUAUUGUGGCAACUCUGUUGGUGUUCAUCGUCAUACUUAUGGUCCGGUACAAGGUUUGCAACAACGCACCAGGGAAAAUGGCCAGUGUUAGCAACGUCUAUUCGCAAACUAAUGGAUCGCAACCCGUCCAGAAUGGCGUCCUGCCACAAGUCAACCCCAAAGUGGUGGUAAGGAAUGAGCUCAUGCAGUUUAACUGUGAGUCUGCGCACAGCAGCAUCUCGUCUUCUUCUAGCUCUGUGAACAGUCGUGACUGUGAUGGCUACAGCCUCCAAAGUGAGCAGGGCACAUUGUCCAGUAAGUGGAGGCCCCCUUCAAGGUCAAAGCACAACAACAUUGACCGGCUCAUGGGAGCUUUUGCCUCUCUGGAACUGAAGUGUCAGAAAAAAGAGGACAUAGUAGACUCCAGAACUUCAACAGUGGCCCGUCACUCAGACAAGGAACCACUAUUGGGCCAGCAAGAAUCCAAAUUCCGUAGCCUCCUCAUGUUACCACUGGAGGGUAAAACUAAACGUAGCCAUUCUUUUGACAUGGGAGACUUUUCCACCUCUCAGUGCUGCAACUACCCCAAAAAGAUCACAAACAUUUGGACAAAACGAAGCCUGUCAGUGAAUGGCAUGCUUUUGCAGUACGAUGACAGUGACCUGACAGGGGCAAAGGGGACUUAUGGAAGCUCAGAGUGGGUCAUGGAAAGCACAGUGUAAAUAAGAGUUGUGCUCCAUUGCAUUUGUAGUCCCUCAAACAUUAAAAAAAAGGUCCAUGAUUGUUUAAAAAAAAAGGCCAUAAACAACAAUGGGAGGACACAAAGACACAGAAAAACACACACAACUAAGCCGUAUAUUGGUUAGUAAAUAUUAAGAUUUUUAAAAAGUGAGAUAAGAGGGGUUACCAAAUGUGGGUAGGGGUGUGUGUGUGUGUGCCUGUGAGGAGCUGAUGAAAUGCCUCCGAUACAUUUGUUCUGUACAUGUGGACGUCUAAAGGAAAUCACCGAUAGCAUUGAGUGGUUUCCCAGUCUUCUGGUGAACUGUUGAACAAGAUUAAAUGAGGAGUCAACACAGGUUAAGUGAUGCAUAUUUAAAGAGGAAUGCCCUCCCUCUCCAUUUUCUCUAGGUCUGAGAAGACCACUCCCAUGGUUAUAAUGCCAACAGAAAGGCAAUGGCAGCUGUCACUGAAUAAAGAUAGCAUCUGGAGAAAGGGAGCAUGUGUAUCCAAAACAUCUCAUCACACACCAUGUGGUGCUUUACCUGUUUGGUUAAGGAUGUUUUUUUUCUUUCCCAAGAAUAAAAAGGGUCUCUGAGUUGGAUUUUCUUUCAUGUUUACCUUUUCUUCCCUUGUUCUGCAGCCUUUCCCCGAGUCCAAGAAACACAUGUGGCAGCAUUGUGACAUUAAAAAAGGCCAAAU